AUGGAGUCGAAAACCUCGCUAUCUCCCUUCGGGGAUGACCGCCGUUCAUUGAAUCACAGUCCUUCAGCCCUACGAGCUCUCACUUCGUCCCGCCUCACCCGGGGUCGAUCACGACGGGACUCAUGCUCCACGAGCUCAAGCUCCUCUUCAUCAACCCGUUCGUCCAUUGACUCCCCUACUCCUCCAUCUUGCGUUACUCGUACCAUAUCCCAGGACCAAUGUGCCCUCCACAGGUUCAUAGUAUGGGCCGCUGUCCAGCGCAACUCGUGCCAGAAGAUGACGCCGGCUGAGCGUCUUGAGUGCCCUCUGCUGCGCUGUCGGAAGCGCUUCCCGAACCAUGAGGUCAUGCUAAGGCAUCUGUACACCUGUGACCAGCUUUGCACUGGCGAGUAUUGGUGUUAUGAUUGCGGAAAGGCCGAGAAGUUCACCGACGGCAAGUGUAAACGCUGCUUAGGCCAUCCGGGAAAGAGGCGAAGGAUCAUGACAGUCGCUAAGAACUUCUUCUCCUCUCUGGGCCAGAAGUCGAAAGGCCAGGAUGUCCCUGAUCUCGACAUGGAUGACGUCGUCAUGCCACCACCGCCUAGUUACGACUCUAUCCUUGUCCAGCCCCAAGAGGUUGAGCUUUCAUCCUCGUCCGAAAUAUUGGAAAUCGACUCCGUAGAGGUCUCGCUUCCUUUACCAGCUGCCACUCUUGCCCCAAGCAGUGUCUUCCAGGAUAAGCCAUCGAAUCCGUUUGGAACGAGGCCAGCAGCGUCAGGGUCAAGCAUGUCCGUCAUGCCAAACCUCUCCUUUGACUGGGUCUUGCAGAAUGAGAUCAAUGACAUGUCCAUGGGCAGGGGCGAUAGGCCAUCACUGUCUGUCCAUACACAUGGUCUAUCGCAGUAUCGGAAGCAGCACAAGCUUACACCGCGAACGAAGAACCUGUCCCCGAGCGCAUCUCUUAGAUCAAAUGCUAGCACAGAUACUACCGCCAGUUACGUCGUCUCGCCUACAUCUGCCUUCAGCGCAGCUUGGACAAAUGCCGAAACCAGCAUCACCUCUCCAACGUCGGAUAGCAUAAGUCCUGGCGGAAACCUAUCCCGAGGUUGCUCCAACGCAAGCCACUACUCAAACGCGAGCCGCUACUCAAACUAUAACAUACCGUUGCACAGUUUCAUUUCGGAACUACCGGCAGAAGAGAUUAUGCUUCAACCGCCACAGACUCUCCCAGACGACCUUGGCUGUGACCAACAAUUCCUCUCACUCGGUGUCCCUCAUACCGCCGAGCCAGUGGUUGAAGUUAAUGUCCCCUCAGCAGAACAUAUCCAAGAUGUGAAGGUCAUUUCAGAAGCAACGGACGAUCCUGCCUACUUCGUCGAUGCCAAUUCGCUUGUCGGAUCGGCCUGGGAUACCCUCAAGGCUCAUGUCAGCUCAUCAAUGGAGAAACUGCAACACCUCUCCCACAACCCGCUUGUCGGGGAGUUGCAGUCUAUGUCGCCACAACACAUUGCUAGCAUCGGACUCGCUACUCUUAAGACAAUCCUUGAAGGCAGGCACCCUAGUUCGACAAUCGAAACGUUGUGUUUCGUCCAUGUCACCUACUCACUCUCUCUCAUCGUCCACGAAGAUGACACUCACAAUCGAUCGAAGCAGCUCUUUGCUCAAGCAUACCUCUACAGCAAUAUGUUUGUAACAAGGGAGCGUGAUGCGUACCUCGAGGUGGCGUCUGCCAUUUGGCAACCUCUGGACCUCUCAUCAGCCGGACUUGACGAGCUAUUGCUGGAGCGCUACGAGGAUUCCAUAUCUAGAUCUUCAAGUUUCAAGGGCAAGGAUAAGGCACCUCCCUCAAGAUCGCACCCAGCAGAGGACAUCUUCCUGGAGGUGGCGCAAUUUUUCCUUGAUGAACUAGAGCUCACGGCCUUGCCGAGUAAAGUCUUAGAAUCCAGUGAAGUGCUGGGAUCGAAGUUGUGGACCAAGCAUUUCAAUGACGCAGAUGAAACGAUGCCUAUAAACACGGCGUUCACGAUGACUGUCAAUACCGUGGCUCGCAUGCUUUGCCAGAACUUUUCUCAUGCAAGUGGCUUGGCCUCGAAGGUGAAGCGCUUCCAGAAGCGCAUCAGUGGUGGAAGCAUCCGUAGCGUAAGAAGGGCGGAGUUGGAACUCAUCCAAGCCGGAAAGGGUUGCAUGCCACCGCAAGAUUACUUUGAUAACUACGUCCCCGAAGUCAGAGAGCAUUUCGGAGCACUCUAUCAGCAGCCGAUACCGGGUUAUGUCUCACGAAUGGUAUACCAUACGUUCGGUGUUGAACUCAUGCAAAACAUCAUUGCUGGUAUCUGCGAAAAGGAGGCUAUCAAGGAUGCUAUGCAGGGUUCAUCCAACUCAACGGGAGAAGGGAAUCUUGAUGAGCUAUUCAGAACCAUGACGAACGGCCUAGACGGCACACUCGAUGAUCUUCUUGCAAUACCCGGCGACUCGAUACCGUUUAAGGAGCCAAUAUCUGAUGUCCAGGUUUCUGUGGACACCACCGGCCUGCCCGAUACAAUGACGGUCUUUUACGACAGCAGCGAGAAUCCGACCGUUGAUAUUCUUCAACCAUUAAUAAUUGACGACAAUCAUUUCGAAAGCCCAGCUGACUCUGCGCAAGGUUCUGUUACCAGUGGGCAAAAGGUCGAGAUUCAAGCAAAUGAUUGCUGUGAGAUCUGCGGAUAUCGGCCAAAGGGCGACCCGCAGUGGUUCAAGGGCAGCAUGGCGAAGCACAAGAAACUGCAGCACUCUACUGCGCCGCCCAAGAUCUACCGGUGUCCCUACCCGGGCUGUACCAGCCAGUAUAAGAAUCGUCCCGAUAACUUAAAGCAGCAUCAGCAGGACAAAGGUCAUUUUGUCGACGGAGAGAACGAGCGGAGGCCGAGUAAGAGGAAGAAGAGAGAAUAA